GGCAAAGGAGGGUUCUUUGGUGCUGUCCUGGGGGGUUUCGGUUGGGUUUAGGGUGCAGUGUGCUUGUGAUUGUUGCUUGGCUUCCUGUGCUGCAUUAUUUUUGUUGAUUUUGUUGGUGAUUUGCGAUUUGUGAGGACCACAUUGGACUGGGAUUUUGGUAGCAACUAGCAAGAAGGAAGAGAAUACUAUAUGUGGGGAACUAUUUUAUUUUAGCCCUCUCUUUAUGUUUUUCUUUUCUCCCCUUUUGCCCAUGUCGUGGUGGUAGGGCACACUUAUUGUUUUUUUUUUAAUCUAAAGAACCUGAGCCUGCUGGGUCAUUUCAUCAGGAUUUGGUAUCUGCAUCGAGAAAGAUUAUGGCAUUGUGGGUGUUGCUUUUGAGGUGGUGAAUUUAUGAAUCUAUGAAUCUAUGAUGUUGUUGUUACUUGGUCAGAGCUAGGAAUCGGAGAAAGAUCCAAGGACUGAAGACUACUGCCAGUUUCAGGGAGGAAUUCUACUCAGUGGUAGCUUGUGGUUGUAGCUGGUCUUUUGAUGAAUCUGUUGGUCUCAAAAACAUUGUAGAAUAGUAUUUGUUGGUUCGUUGAACACAAUGGGUUCUUCGCCAUCCAAAGCCACUGGUGAGGAUGCCCUAGUUCUAUGCAAGGAGCGAAUGCGCCAUAUCAGGCGAGCUAUUGAUUCAAGAGAUGCACUGUCGGCAUCACACCUAUCAUAUACUCAGUCCCUCCGUAGUGUGGGUACUGCAUUGCGGCGGUAUGCAGAGUCUGAGAUCUCACCAGAAUCAUCACUGUCCAUUUCAGAAGCAGAUAAGUCACCAUCACAUUCUUCUAUGGCUUCUCCAUCACCUUCUCGAGCAGUAGAGAGCACUGGCUCCCCAGUACAUCGAGGUAGUCAGCUGACUCCUCCCUCAACAAAGAUCCAUUACAUGAAAGCAGCAGGAACAAAACCUUUGACGUUCACUAUUGAUCCAUCUGCUGCUGACUUUGUGGGGCAAGAAUCCCCGGUAUCUACCUUUGUGCCACCACCACCACCAUUGCCCCCUGAAUUAUGUACCUCGUGGGACUUCUUCGAUUCCAAUUAUACUUCUGGUAGUGCCACCUCAAAUAAUGAGAAUGGAGUGACAUUAAAUUUUAGUAGAUUGAAGGGCCUGAGAGAUUCAAGGGAAUCUGAAGCAGUCUCGCUGAGAGAAGAAACAACAAACAGGUCUGAUCGAAUGCACCCAGAGCUUCCUGGUGAUAAUGCAGCACCUAAGCAAGAAGCCCAAGCAAAGAAAGGUGGGAUGAGUAAGCCAAGUGGAUCGGUUGAGGUUACAACUGAAGCUACUACUUCUGGGCAAGUUGGAGCAAAGGUGGAGGAAGAUGACAUGGAAAAAGAAUUGUGCACAGAAGCAGAAGACCCUUCAGAGUUCAUCACUCAUAGAGCAAAAGAUUUUGUGUCAAGCAUGAAAGACAUUGAAACUCGGUUUGUACGUGCCGCAGAAGCUGGGAAUGAGGUUUCCAGAAUGCUUGAGACAAAGAAGAUCAGACUUGAUAUAUGUGCUAAGAUUCCAGGUUCUCCAGGCAAGCCACCUACUGCCCGAUUUGUGUCCGCACUUCGAGUCUGCUGCAAUCGUGAGAAUAUUCUCAACCAGGAAACUGCACAGAAUAUCUCAAAAGUUGUCACUUGGAAGCGUUCUGUAUCAUCUUUGUCCUCAUCAUCUAAGAGUCCACUUACAGCAGCAAUGAUUACUGAUGAUGUGGGUGAUAGUAACAGUGAUUUUGUUGAGCAAUUCGCCAUGGUAUCUGGAAGCCACUCGUCUACCUUGGAUAGGUUACAUGCUUGGGAGAGAAAACUACAUGAUGAAAUCAAGGCUAGUGAACAUGUUAGAAAGACUUAUGAUGAGAAAUGUAACCUUCUCCGGCGCCAAUUUGCACGAGGUCUAAAUGCUCAACUGAUUGAUAAGACCAGAGCUGUUGUGAAGGAUCUUCAUUCCAGGGUGUCUGUUGCGAUCCAGGCUGUUGAUGCAAUAUCAAAAAGAAUAGAGAAGAUAAGGGAUGAAGAACUGCAGCCACAACUUGUCGAGCUGAUCCAAGGGUUAAUCAGAAUGUGGAAAGCAAUGUUAGAAUGCCACCACAAACAAUUCAUCACAAUAUCACUGGCAUACCAUGUCAAGAGUUCGACCAUGGUGCAGCAAGGUGAGCACCACCGCAGGGCCGCAGCGCAUCUCUGGAACGAGUUGGACUGCUUCUCGUCCAGCUUCAGGAUCUGGGUCACUGCUCACAAGUCCUACGUCGAGUCCCUCAACGCGUGGCUCCAGAAGUGUGUCCUGCAGCCAGCCCAGGACAGACGGAGGCGCAAGCGCAAGGUCUCUUUCCCUCCCCGCCACGCGCUCUCCCCUCCGAUCUUUGUCCUCUGCAGAGACUGGCUUGCCAUGAUGGAGUCACAGUCACUCCCCACAGAUGAGCUCUGCAAGUCCAUCAAAGAGGUGAUGCAGCUCCUGCGCGGUUCGUUUGACCACCCGGCCGAUCAUCAGGACAAAACGACGACCGAAUCGCAGUCUAGAAACGAGUCGCAGGAAUGUGGGAUGCUGGAGAAUAACGAGCAGGAGGUGAGUGGAAGCGUGGAAGCAGUGGAAGGGUUGCAGUCAAAGCUAACUACGGUUCUGGAUCGCCUGACAAAGUUCUCAGAGGCUUCACUGAAGCACUACGAGGAGCUCAAGCAGAAUUAUGAGAUAGCUCGUGAUGACUACCAGACGGGUCGAUCAAAUGCCCAUCUUGUUUAGUCUGAUGAUGAUCCUAGGUCUACAAUUUUCAACCCUAUGAUUCUAUUCCUACUAGUAGUAUUCUAGUUGAACAUCUGAGAGUAUUUUGGUACAUAUAGUACGUUAAUGAUGAGGUUGUAAUACAUAUAUGUUGGGUUAAGGGUUACAGUUGCAAAAAUAUACUUCGGUACUAUAUUUGCCAAAGCUCAAGGAUUGUCAGAAUGGCCCAACAGAUUGUUCAUUAGGA